AUGGAGCCCCUGGGUGGAAGUCAUGCCAACGGCAUGCAGCAGCUGAAUCCUCCUCCGCCGUCCAACAACACCGUGACGGUGCGCAUGGUCGAUACAACGUCUGUUAUGAAGCUGCAUGCUGAGGCGUUUCUCAAGCCAGUCAUGCCUGGACACGAGAUAAUGACCGUGAUAGAUUUGGCAUUUCUUAUCGAAAAUCCGCGACUUGGCAAGAAAGCAAUGUUUGAUCUUGGGACGCGCAAAGACUACUGGAACAGUCCGCCAUGGACUAUUGCCAGGAUAGAAGCGGCGAUACCAGGCGUAAGGAUCGAGAAAGAUGUGACCGAAAUUCUGCAGGAGAAAGGAAUGAAACUCAGCGAAAUCAACGAUAUCAUUUGGUCGCACAGCCAUUGGGAUCAUAUCGGUAGUCCAUACUUGUUUCCUCCGUCGACGAACCUUUGCUACGGCAAGGGUACAGGGCCAUUCCCGGGGUACCCUGCGAACCCGAAUUCAGCAUUGAAUCAGGCGGACUUCGAGGGACGAAAAUGUAUCGAGAUAGAUUACGAUAUGGAGAUUGGGCCCUAUCCGGCCCACGACUUCUAUGGUGAUGGAUCACUACAUCUGCUGGAUACACCCGGCCACUGGCCCGGACACAUGUGCGCCCUUGCCCGGACGACGCCUGACACAUUUCUCUUCUUGGGCGGGGAUAUCUGCCAUUUCGCGGGAGAUUUUCGACCGAGCGAGCAACUGCCUCUGCCAGACUCAAUACCCGAAGAAGCCUUUGGCAAUAUCGAAGCGGCUGCAGUCAAGCGGGCUCACAAAACUCCGGGUUGGAUGGCUCCGAUGCGACCACAGACCCGAAGGCACGCCAUUUUACAAAUUAUCGACACACAAACACUCUUCCUAUAA